UGCUUCCCUCCCUCAUUUAAGAUUAAGGUAGGAGCGAGGGGCAGCUGCUCUGAGCAGGGGAAGGCGUUGGGAUUUUUCCUCUCUUCCUUUCUGCAUCGGGGACUGAGUGAGGACUCAGAGGAGGCGGCAUGUCUCUGUCUCUCCGCUCCGCUCUGCUCCGUCUUUCUUUCUUUUGAGCGCCCUGUUUGUUUUCUCUUAAAUGGGCUCUCAUGAUGGGGAGGCCAACGAGUUGCCGCCACCACCUCCCAUACCACCAAACGUGGUGCCCAUUAAAGCUGAUGAUGCUGAGAGGGAAUCACCUCCAAACAAGCCAGAAAAGCCUAAGAGGGUACCAAUGGCCAGACCCGGUAUAGGAAAAAAAGGGCAGUUGAUCCAGCUCUAUUCAAAUCACUUUAAAGUCUCCGUGAAGAGUACAGAAGAUUAUUUCUUCCACUACUAUGUGAACCUUAAGUAUGAGGAUGAUCGACCCGUUGAGGGGAAAGGGAUAGGCAGAAAGGUGAUUGAUAAACUGCAGCAGACCUAUCACUCUGAGCUUUCUAACAAGGACUUUGCAUAUGAUGGAGAAAAGAGCCUGUUUACAAUUGGGGCUCUUCCACAAGUAAAUAAUGAGUUCACUGUACUUUUGGAGGACGUCUCUACCGGAAAGACUGCUGCCAAUGGGAGCCCUGGAGGUAACGACAGUCCUGGAGGUGGUGACAGGAAAAGAGUGAGGAGGCCAUACCAGACGAAGACAUUCAAAGUGGAGUUGUGCCUUGCAGCAAAAGUUCCUAUGAGUGCCAUCGGUCAAGUCCUUAGAGGUGAAGAAUCAGAGAACUCCCAGGAGGUUCUCCGUGUGUUUGAUAUAAUACUGAGGCAACAUUCUGCAAAACAGGGCUGCCUUUUAGUCCGCCAGUCAUUUUUCCACAACAACCCUUCUAAUUUUGUUGACUUGGGUGGUGGUGUGAUGGGUUGUCGUGGAUUUCAUUCAAGCUUCCGUGGCACACAGAGUGGACUUUCCCUGAAUAUUGAUGUUUCGACAACAAUGAUUGUAAAACCUGGCCCUGUAAUUGAUUUUCUUCUUUCUAACCAGAAAGUUGACCACCCUGGCAGAAUUGACUGGCAGAAGGCCAAGCGUGCCCUCAAGAAUUUGAGGAUAAAAACUACACCUGCAAAUUCAGAAUUCAAGAUUAUUGGUCUGAGUGACAGGAAUUGCAAAGAACAGAUGUUUCCACUGAAGCAGAGGAAUGGUGGCAACGAAGACUGUGGUACUGUUGAAAUAACCGUCUAUGACUACUAUUUGAACAAAAAAGGAAUCAAACUGCAGUAUUCUGGUGAUCUUCCCUGUAUAAAUGUGGGGAGGCCAAAGCGUCCAACAUAUUUCCCGAUAGAGCUUUGCUCACUUGUUCCACUGCAAAGAUACACAAAAGCUUUGUCUACGCUUCAAAGGUCUUCCCUUGUGGAGAAGUCCAGACAGAAGCCUCAAGAAAGGAUGACAGUCCUUAAUGAUGCACUGCAACAUAGUAACUAUGAUUCCGACCCCAUGUUGAGGGCUUGUCGCAUUUCAAUUGCUUCAAAUUUUACUCAAGUUGAAGGAAGGGUCCUGCAAGCCCCGAAGUUGAAGGCCGGCAAUGGUGAAGAUAUCUUCCCACGAAAUGGACGGUGGAAUUUCACCAACAAGAAGCUAAUCCAAACCUGCACUGUGGAUAAGUGGGCGGUUGUUAAUUUCUCUGCACGCUGUGACGUUCGGAAUCUUAUCCGUGACCUGAUCAGAAAUGCAUCUGCAAAGGGAGUUCAAAUAGACCAACCUUUUGAUGUGUUUGAAGAGAGCCCCUCUAUGAGACACGCACUUGUGUCGAGGAGAGUGGGUGAUAUGUUUGAGCGGAUAAAAUCGAAACUUCCUGGUGCUCCUAAGUUCCUCUUGUGCCUUCUGCCUGAGAGGAAAAAUUGUGAAGUUUAUGGUCCUUGGAAGAGGAAGUGCCUUGCUGAAUUUGGUAUCGUCACACAAUGUCUAGCUCCAACAAGAGUCAAUGAUCCAUACCUACUUAAUUUACUGAUGAAGAUAAAUGCUAAGCUUGGUGGGAUGAACUCAUUGCUUCAAAUUGAGGCAUCCCCUGCAAUACCUUUUGUGUCGAAAGUACCUACCAUCAUCUUGGGUAUGGAUGUAUCUCAUGGUCAGCCUGGACAAUCUGAUAGACCAUCCAUUGCUGCGGUGGUUAGCUCUCGCCAAUGGCCUCUUAUCUCUAAAUAUAGAGCAUCUGUGCACACCCAAUCACCCAAGCUAGAAAUGAUGUCCUCCUUGUUUAAGCCACAGGGAACUGAAGAUAGUGGCCUCAUUCGGGAAUCACUGAUUGACUUUUACACUAGUUCUGGAAAGCGAAAACCAGAUCAAGUUAUUAUUUUCAGGGAUGGAGUUAGUGAAAGCCAGUUUACCCAGGUCAUAAACAUUGAACUUGAUCAGAUCAUUGAGGCAUGCAAGUUUCUCGAUGACAAGUGGUCACCCAAGUUCACAGUGGUUGUUGCUCAGAAAAAUCAUCACACCAAGUUUUUUCAGACUGGAUCUCCGGAUAAUGUUCCUCCAGGUACUGUUGUGGACAAUAAAGUCUGUCAUCCUAGGAAUUAUGACUUCUACAUGUGUGCUCAUGCUGGGAUGAUUGGAACUACAAGGCCAACACAUUACCAUGUUCUGCACGAUGAAAUAGGUUUCUCUGCUGAUGACAUGCAGGAACUUGUUCAUUCGCUCUCUUAUGUGUAUCAAAGGAGCACAACAGCCAUAUCAGUAGUUGCUCCAAUUUGCUACGCACAUCUUGCUGCUGCCCAGGUCGGCACCUUCCUCAAGUUUGAGGAUAUGUCAGACGCAUCAUCGAGCCAAGGAGGAGGCCAUACGUCUGUUGGCAGCAUUCCUGUGCCGGAGCUGCCUCGCCUGCAUGAGAAAGUCAGGAGUUCCAUGUUCUUCUGCUGAUGUGCUUGGCGGAGCUGAGCGUUCUGGGUCUGGAUGGUGGAGCUUUUGAACCGUCAGUCAGUCAGUUAGUGGUGUAUAUAUAUGAUGCCUAGCAACUUAGAACUCUGUAGGCAUGUAGAACCAGUCCUUUUGUUGCGCUGUAAAACAUAUGGAACGCGUUCUUCUGCCCGUUGUGGAUACCGAAGCCGGAACCUUGGUUGAAGCCCUGUUCUGGAGUACGUGUUGUACCUACCUACCUAGCCCGGUUGUGCGGCUGUGCUCCUGUCCCGUUUCGUGGUAAGGAACCCGGGUGGUCGUGUUGCAGCCUUGGAGGUAUUUUGUGGCGUUCUAGGCCUGAAAUGCUUAUGUUCAAGAAUCUUA